AUGACCAAGUACCGAGACCUGAGACCCGAAGCCCGAGAACCGGGACCUGGGACCCAGGACUACCACACUCCAACCUCCAAACUCGCAAAAAUGUAUAUCAUAAAAAACUCGAAACUUUUUCGAGUCUUGAAUGACCAAGUACUGAGUACUGAGGACCGACACCCGAGACCCGAGGCCCGAAGCCUGAGACCCGAGACCCAGGACUAUGACACUCCAUCCUCCAAACUCACAAAAAUUCUUAACUCAAGACUCGGUAAUUGGUACUUGGUAGCUGGGACUCAAUACAUGGGAGUUGGUACUCGAUCCAAGGGAGUUGGUAUUCAAUACAAGGGUGUCGAGACUCAAUACACGGGAGUCAGUACUCGAUCCAAGGGAGUCGGUAAUCCGGUACCCAAUACAAGGGAGUCGAGACUCAGUACAAGGGAGUUGGUCCUCAGUACAAGGGAGUCGGUACUUGAUCCAAGGGAGUUGGUACUCGGUACAAGGGAGUCGGUAAUCUGGUACACGAUACAAGGGAGUCAGUACUUGAUCCCAGGGAGUCGGUACUGGAUCCCCGGGAGUCGGUACUCAAUACAAGGAGUUGGUACUCCAGUACCUGAUACAAGGGAGUUGAGACUCAAUGCAUGGGAGUCAGUACUUGAUCCAAGGGAGUCAGUAAUCCGGUACCCGAUACAAGGGAGUCGGUACUUGAUCCCAGGGAGUCGGUACUGGAUCCCCGGGAGUUGGUACUCAAUACAAGGCGGAUCUGAAGAGCUGGGCUUCAGCUCGUGCGCUGCGCCCCUUACCCGAGCUAGAAACAAAGUCCGAGGGAGGAUGAUGAAUCCCGGUGGACUUCAAGGGGACAAGUCUGGUAGGCUUUCCCAAGGAAGAGUCAGGCCAAUGUUCAGGGGGGGCUUUAGUCCGGCGGACGUGGGGGACAGAAUAGACAGGUGUAAGGACAGAAAGACAGGAAGUCCGAGGGGACAGAAGGACAGUAUGUCCGAGAGGACAGGAAGUCCGAGAGGACAGAAGGACAGGAAGUCCGAAAAGGUGGAAGCUAGAGAGGUAGACUACCCGAAGGUAGAGGCAGAGUAUAGCCCGAGGAAUCAAUCCCAGGACACAGAGGUUGGACAGGGAAGUGGCCCUGGGUCCAUGGAAAUGGAUCCGGGUCCGAGGAAACAGGAAUGA